CUAAUGAACCGAAUAGAAUCGAAACCUUUGUGAUCAUUCGACACUGUCGUAUCUACCUGAAGAAAACAUGUAGGUCUGCGAUUCCAAUCUGCGCUUACUCCGAACCGGCGCCGCUCCUCGCCCCUUCCGUUUUGCACCAACAGUAAUACAAAGCAGGCAAAAACAAACCGCCAGAAUCUCCCAAGAUCCUUAUUACUUAUUACUGCCAAUGUCUUCCACUUCAAAACAAAAUACAUUUCUACUUUAUCGAAUCCGUCUGAAACCUUCAAAACUACAUCCCCAUCCGAACAAAAAACAAACCCUCGAAAGCAACGCACAAUGUCGGCCUCAACCCAGACCUUCUACUGGAGUCCCUACGAUGCUCGCAUUGUCUUCAUUCUAAUAUUGCUCGACAUGCUUUCCUAUUCCUGUCUUACCUUCGCCCUUACCUUGGACAACUCGCGUGAGCCUCACCUCCCAGCCCCUAUCCCAGCUAUUACGAACCUCGUCACCUACGCCGAAAUCAGUUUCGCUAUUAUCCUCUGUGUGUUCGCGAUUGUUAUGGAUCCGGCGAUGACUUAUACUACAACGAGGUUGAUUCGAUGUUCUGUUGAUGACGGAGAAAACAACAAGGGAAAGUUGGAACGGAAGAUCAAAGUGAAGAGGCCGCUUGUUGGUUUUGAAUGUUAUAAAUACUGCUUGGAGAGUGCGAUGGAAUAUGGGGAGGUUUGGGUUGAUGGGUACAGGUAUGAGGAGGCGUUGGUACGGAUUUGAGGUGAUUUGUUUGGCGCUGCGUUGAUGUAUUGUGCUUGGGAUUGGUGCUGACAUGUUGGGUAUUAGUUACUGAUAAGACAUAGAAUCAUCUUUGGUCGUUGUCUGUUUUAGUCUGGUCAUUAGUGGUAUCUGGGUUUGUUCGAUUGUUCUCGAGAAAGCACUGCGUUGGA